UUUUUCUCAGCAUCAAUGGAGCACGGAUCGUACGAGGAUCAAUCACAAGCGACGUUUUCAUUGACAGAUGAAGAUCACACCAUUGCGAAUGCACUAAGAUUUACACUUAAUCAAGACCCAAGAGUGUCAUUUUGUGGUUACAGCAUACCGCACCCGGCAGAUGCUAAGGUGAAUAUAAGAGUCCAGACAACUGGUGACCCUGCACGAGAGGUAUUGAAGGAUUCUUGCCAGGAUCUAAUGCUUAUUUGCCAGCAUGUUAGGAGCACAUUCGACCGGGCUGUUAUGGAGUUCAAGAGCAAGCAGGGAAAAUAAUCCAUGGAUUUAAAAAUGUAAUGCAUCCCUUUACCAUAUAUCCUUUCAAUGUAUGACAACUCUGUUAUAAAGGUUAGGGGUUCUUUAUGUAUUGUUAAUUGAAUCAUGAGGACACAGUGAUGAAUGAGAGAAUGUAGAUGGGGAUCUUAUUGUGGUUCAAAGAUCAUACUCUGUGUUUAUGUAACCGGGGCAAGAAAUAUAUUGAAAAGUUUUUCACUUGAA